AUGGGCAUCUCCCCCAGCCAGGCAGGGUCCCCCAAACCCUAUGCCUCUAGGACCGCGGGUCCAGCAAGCGGCAGGAUUUCCAAGCUGCGUCUCUACUCUUCUGCUGCGGUACUAUCCCCGACGCCGCGAGAGCCAGCCCCGCCCGCUAAGUCUCAGAUCCGCACGCAAAACACAACCCCACACGACCGCUGGCAGCCACAGACCACUGCCUCUGGCGAGCCCACAGUCCCGCACAGGCUCCCUAAGCGCCUCGGAGCCUCACAGCCGGUGACCCUGAGCCCCAGCGGUGAGAGCCGCGGGAGCGUCUCUCCGGCGCCCCCUCCUCCCGUUCUUCACGAGUUCACCACUCCUCCUGCCUCCUCCCUCCCUGCCCCCUCCUCCUCUUCAUCCCCUCCCCCGCGUCUGGGGCGCGGGCUGCGCGCAGCCAAGCCCCCUCGUCGCGCGCCCCUCCCCGCGCGCGCCCCGCGCCCGCAUCGCGCUAGCCGAGUGGAUGUGGCCACGGGGCCGUCUCUAAUUACCUCCUUUCCCCCCGCGGCCGUUGAAUAA